UGAAACUACAAGACAGCAUCUUUCUUGUCUCUGUCUCUCACCCCUUUCAUUAAUAUCCAGACACUCUGUACUUCCAUCUCCUUACUUCUUCUGCUCUGUUCCUUCCUGGUCACAUGCCUUUUCUUCUUGAAAGCUUCUUGAAAAAGAUAGCUCUCUUUUGCCACAGCUCGUGCUGAAGGGCAAAAAGCUUUGAUUUUUGAAGGGAGGAGGAGGAGGAGGAUGAGUGCUUCCAAGUUCAUUAAGUGUGUCACCGUGGGAGAUGGGGCCGUGGGGAAGACUUGCAUGCUCAUUUGUUACACUAGCAACAAGUUCCCUACCGACUAUAUACCAACAGUCUUUGACAAUUUCAGUGCAAAUGUUGCUGUAGAUGGGAACAUUGUAAACUUGGGAUUAUGGGACACUGCAGGCCAAGAGGAUUACAGCAGGUUGAGGCCUCUGAGCUACAGAGGAGCAGACAUAUUUGUGUUGGCUUUUUCACUGAUUAGCAGAGCAAGCUAUGAGAAUGUUCUUAAGAAGUGGAUGCCUGAACUUCGAAGAUUCGCUCCAAAUGUUCCUGUGGUCCUUGUGGGAACAAAAUUAGAUCUUCGUGAGGAGAGAGGUUAUAUGGGUGAUCAUAUGGGAUCGACUAUCAUUACAACUGCUCAGGGAGAGGAGCUGAGGAAGCAGAUAGGUGCUGCAGCUUACAUAGAAUGCAGCUCAAAAACUCAGCAGAAUGUGAAAGCUGUGUUUGAUACGGCGAUCAAGGUUGUUCUUCAACCUCCGAGGAGGAAAGAAGUCGUGAGGAACAAAAGACGUCGGAGAUCAGGAUGUGCAAUCGCGAGUAUCAUGUGCGGGGGUUGUGUUGCUUGAGGAAUUACGGCGGAUUUGAAAUGUGAAAGUAAAAUCGUCACUUUUUGUAUGUGUAGAUCAUUUCAGUGGUUCGAAUCUGGCAUCGGAAUUCACUGUCUUUUGCUUGCCGCAAGUCUUAAAAUUGGUUGUAGUUUGGGAAUUGCACUGUGUAUUGUAGAUGCAGUAAACUGGUGGCAUAGAUUUCGGGUUUCAGGGAGAGUUCAGUUUGCUGUGAACUGAUAAAAUUAUCGAGGGAACUAUUCAUUCUCUCGUGUACUAAUGCUUAGUAAGUUUACUUAUACGAUCUUUCUGUAAUGAAGCUGUUCUUAUUUUUGUGAUU